CUGUGCCAAAGUUCAGUGCUCACAGCCCGGGACAAUAGGAGAAAGAAGACACUGAACUAGAUGUUCUCUGGCAGCUUCAUCUUACAGGUUGUGUGUGACCCUGAGACAAGUGACGGCAAACACCUGAGACUAUUCAACACGGCAGCGCAGUGGGAUUCCUUCCACUGGCAUUGCUGUACUGAAACCUGAGAAGUCACCAUCAGUUUUAACUGAUCCCGAGCAUCAUGGCCACCAGGAAGGCUGAGGUCCAGCGAAGAAUCGUGUCUAAGGAUGGACACAACAAUGUGCGGAUUGACAACGUGGAGGGCAUGGUCAAGCUGUACCUGCACGACAUUUGGACCACUGUGGUGGACAUGAAAUGGCGCUACAAACUCACUCUGUUUGCCUCCACCUUUGUCAUGACUUGGUUCAUCUUCGGGGUCAUCUUUUACUUCAUCGGCAUGGGCAACGGUGACUUUGAAGCUGGUUUGAGUUCUAACCACACACCAUGUGUGAUGAACGUGGGGACGCUCACCGGAGCCUUCCUAUUCUCUCUGGAAUCACAAACCACCAUUGGCUACGGUUUCCGUUAUAUCUCAGAGGAAUGUCCUCUGGCUAUCUUCACUCUAGUGGCUCAGCUCGUCAUCACGGGCCUGGCUGAGAUCUUUGUCACCGGCGCCUUUCUCGCUAAACUGGCUCGACCCAAGAAGCGAGCAGAGACUAUCAAGUUCAGCCAGUCGGCUGUGAUUUGCCGCCGCCAAGGCAAGCUGUGUUUGAUGGUGAGAGUGGCUAACAUGAGGAAGAGUCUUCUAAUCCAGUGCCAGCUCACAGGAAAGCUCCUCCACUCCAACGUGACAGAGGAGGGUGAGAAGACACAAAUCCACCAGAGCUCUGUGGAGUUCAACAUGGACUCCAGUGGCGAGUGCCCCUUCCUCAUCCUCCCGCUCACCUUCUACCAUGUUCUGGACGAGCACAGCCCACUGGCAGGACUUAACGCAGAAAACCUGCGCACUCGUGACUUCGAGCUGCUGAUCACCCUCAACGCCACCAUGGAGUCGACGGCUGCCACAUGCCAGAGUCGCACCUCCUACGUUCCCCAGGAGAUCCUGUGGGGCUACGAGUUCAAGCCGGUGCUGUUCAGCACUACAGGUGGACGCUAUGUGGCAGAUUUCAACUUUUUUGACAAGGUGCAAGUGAGCAAUGAUGCAGCUUUCGUCAGUAACAACACAGAGAAGCUCAAACUGGAGGAAGAUUAUAAGAGAGAAUAGAGGAUACAUGUCAUCUCUCCCAGUCUAACUCUAUUAUGUUAGUUAGGUCUCAAUCAGUAUGUUUAUUUCCUGACAUAAUUUGCCAGUCCUUGUAUUCUCAUAGCCAUGACCCCUGAUAUUUUUGUAUAAUAUUGUAUAAAAGUGAUUUGGCCCAAGUUUUCAUUAAAAAGGACUCUUGGAUGUUCCACAUUGGAAAAUCUGACAUGCAAUUAAAAUCAUUUUUUUUCUGCAUUUUAUUCAUUAGCCUAGUUAAAUCAUCAUAGUCAUCAUUUAUGUUUAAUUAUUGUUGUAUUUUCAAGUUUAAAUUUACCUGUACCUGGAUGCUUCUUAGCAGAGUUGAUAACCCCAAAUAAAAUGUAUUUGCCUGGG